UUGUGGCUAUGAAAAGGGUUUUAUUGAAAAAUUUUAAUCAAAGCAAGCUACAUCAUCACAUUAUUUAAUGAUAAAUUAUAUCAUAGACACUUUACACAAGAACAACUUCAACAGCAACAAAUUGAAAUUUUCCCAUACUCUUCUAGGUGGAUUUAAAUCAUGUUUAUGGUGAAACUUUGGAUAGACAGCAUAAACUGCGCCUUUUCAAGGAUGGAAAACUGAAAUAUCAGGUAAUUGAUGGAGAGGUGUAUCCUCCCACAGUCAAAGAUUCUCAGGUGGAGAUGAUCUAUCCCCCUCAUGUCCCUGAACACCUGCGGUUUGCUGUGGGGCAGGAGGUGUUCGGCCUGGUGCCUGGCCUGAUGAUGUAUGCCACGAUUUGGCUUCGAGAGCACAACAGAGUGUGUGAUGUGCUUAAACAGGAGCAUCCGGAAUGGGAUGAUGAGCAGUUGUUCCAGACGAGCAGGCUGAUACUCAUAGGAGAAACUAUUAAGAUCGUGAUAGAAGACUAUGUACAGCACUUGAGUGGCUAUCACUUUAAACUGAAGUUUGACCCAGAGCUGCUUUUCAACCAACAAUUCCAGUACCAGAACCGUAUUGCUGCUGAGUUUAACACGCUCUACCACUGGCAUCCCCUUCUGCCUGACACCUUUCAAAUUGAAGAUCAGGAGUACAACUAUCGGCAGUUUCUCUACAACAACUCGAUAUUAAUGGAACAUGGGCUGACCCAGUUUGUUGAAUCAUUCAGCAGGCAAAUUGCUGGGAGGGUUGCUGGUGGUAGGAAUCUCCCAGCUGCAGUACAACAUGUAGCAAAGGCCUCAAUCGACCAGAGCAGGCAGAUGAAAUAUCAGUCUCUGAAUGAGUACCGCAAACGCUUUCUGAUGAAGCCCUAUGCAUCCUUUGAAGAACUUACAGGCGAGAAGGAAAUGGCUGCGGAGUUAGAAGCCCUCUAUGGUGACGUUGAUGCCAUGGAGCUGUAUCCUGCCCUUCUGGUAGAGAAGCCUCGUCCAGACGCCAUCUUUGGUGAGACCAUGGUAGAACUUGGAGCACCUUUCUCCUUGAAGGGACUUAUGGGCAAUCCUAUAUGUUCUCCUCAGUACUGGAAGCCUAGCACUUUUGGUGGAGAAGUAGGUUUUAAAAUCAUCAACACUGCCUCAAUUCAGUCUCUUAUCUGCAAUAACGUGAAAGGCUGUCCUUCUACUUCGUUCAGUGUUCAAGACCCGGAACCCACCAAGACAGUCACCAUCAAUGCAAGCCCUUCCCACUCUGGACUGGAUGAUAUUAAUCCUACAGUACUACUGAAAGGACGUUCAACUGAACUGUAGAAGCCUAUUGAUCAUAUUUAUUUAUUUAUAUGAACAAUCUCUUUUACUUAUUUAAUAUUUAUAUGAAAGUCCUUACGUGACUUAAUGCCUUCUGUUAAGGAGAAGGGGUUACACAUGUGAAGAUUUUCAUGUCUGUAAUUUAAAGGUGUCUUUUCUUCAAGUUCAAGGGAAAACCAGUUUUCCUUCUUUUUUAUAAAGCAAUGGGAGAUGAAUUUGACAUCUUUUUUACUUGAAUUUCAAUUUAGAUUGUUAGAAUAAGAACGAAGUCAAAGAUGUUUGAACGUUGAAAUGUUUUUGGAAGAUGACAAAAUGCUGCAACUUUCUCUCUGUACUAUUGAUACUUACAGUGUAUCUUCCCUGAUACAUUGGAAGCAACUACCUGCACACUGUUUUCUUUUUCUUUUUAUUUUCUUCUUUCAGCCAUUGUGCUAAGGGAAAUCCUCUUCUGCUCAGGUUAUUUCUUCCAUUUUGUUUCCCUGGUUUUACGAUCUGAGUUUGUCUUUCUUUGGACUCUGUCUAUAUUUUCUCAUCUGAACCUUUGCAAGUUUUCAGGAAAACCUCAGCUCAGGACUACUAUUUAGCUCCUCUUUAGAGGGGUAAAAGAAAACAAAAGCCCUCGAAACAGGCCUUGACAAAAAGGUAGGCUUGAAAGACAGAGAACUUCAUAAUGAAUUUUAACUGUGUAACCAAAGAAGUCUACAAAGAGGAUAAUACCUCAGAAGGAACUGUAGGAGGUUCUUGACAGGAAGAAAGUUAUAUUCCAAUUCUCAUGAAUGUCCUUUCCCCUUCAAAAACAAAAGCAAACAAUUCCUGAAUAGUUCCCAGGAAGACAAUGCUUCUUCUUUUCCACAUCUCAUUGUCAACUGACAUUUUCUGGUACUGUAUGUUGUUACUUAAUUUAUUGAGGAUUAUUAUUUAUGUUUUGUCAGGAUAUUAUUAUUACAAACUGAGUUGAAGCCAGAAGUUAUUGACUUCUUUUUUUUUUUUUUUGCAUUAUGUCAGAAUCACUCUGUCUUCUUAGGGAUACCUCUCUGAAUUAUUUUUGAGUUUGACAAAUUACCUCUCUGAAUUAUAAGAAAGUAUUGGAUUAAGAUUUGUGAAUAAAUUUUCAGGAUCCCAACUCUGGUACAUUGAGAUCUAUAAGGUUGGAAGUUCUCUUUAAGGUUUACUAUAUACACCAGCCCACAGAAAACUUUCUGUCUCAUUAGCCUGGAUGUGUUGUAAGACUGACCUUUUAUACAUUUUUCAAGGACCUGUGGAUGGUCCAUUAAUUCAUUCAACCAUAGCUUAUUGAGAAGACAUUCUGUGCAAAGCACUGGUUUUAAGUCAAGCACUGAUCCUGGAUAACAUUAGUAUUUGUGUAAAUAAUGAAAAGCAUGUCUCAGGCAGAGGGAGAAAAUGAAAUUUCAUUAAAGAGAAAUAACUCAGGGGAAUUUUUAUUUAAGAUUUUAUGUUUAAAAAGUUUAUGGUUAAAAAAGAAAUAGUCAAUAUUAGAAAGCCUUGUAUGAAAAACUGUUCACUUCACUGAUUUAAAAACUAAUUGGCUAUUAACAUUAACCUGCUGUCUGAACCUAGGAAUUGGGAAUGUAUAUGUGAAUGUUUGGGUGCCUGAGACAAAUAUGUAUUUAAAUUAACUUAUGUAAAAUGUCAGCAUUGAAAUAUGUCUGUUUAUUUUUAUACUAUUUAAAAAUUGAAAAGUCCCUUCUAAAAUAAAUUUCGACUGUUUCCAUA